AUGGACGAUACUAACAAUACAAACAGCGGUCCCACAGAGAACGACAAGGCCCGUGUAUUCGAAGAAUUCCUUCUCGCUCCUGAAGAAAAUGUCUACAACUACCAAAAAGACAUUGCCACGAUGAUACGAAAAGACCAGACGCGUCUCAUCGUGAACAUUGAUGACCUGCGCGACUACAACCGCGAAUACGCCGAUGGUUUACUCAAAAAACCCAUAGACUAUUUCCCAGCAUUCGAAAUUGGCCUGAAAAAUGCAAUCAAGCUCGUGGCUGGCGAAAAAUAUGCUUUGAAGAAGUCGUACAAGAUUGGCCUUGGUGGGUCGUUUGGAGAUCAUCAUGUCAGCCCACGGAACCUGCACUCAGGUCAUUUGAGCAAAGUCAUCUCGUUGGAAGGAAUCGUCACGCGUUGCUCUUUGGUUCGACCCAAAAUGAUGUCGUCCACGCACUACUGUCCAGAGACGCAUAUGUUUUGGGAAAAAUCAUAUGACGACGCGACAACUUCCUACUCUCAUACCGUGCCAACCAGCGCGCUUCCGCCACAGACUGAUGAGGAGGGCCAUCAGCUUCAGAUAGAGUACGGUCUGUGUGGGUUUAGAGACCACCAAAGGAUUAGCAUCCAGGAAAUGCCUGAGCGCUCUCCCCCUGGUCAACUUCCUCGGAGUACAGAUGUAAUCAUGGAUGACGAUCUUGUGGACCAGUGUAAGCCUGGAGAUCGCAUUCAGCUCGUUGGUUUCUAUCGUAGUGUGGGUGGUGGCUCCACUGGUGCAUUCAAGUCCCUCCUCAUAGCAAACAAUAUCAACCUGUUGACUUCUAAAAUUGGAGGUGGCAUCGCCCAAACUCAACUCACCGAUACCGACAUCCGAAACAUCAAUCAACUCUCUAAAAAGUCAAACAUCUUCAGUCUUCUUUCAGAGUCGUUGGCUUCUUCAAUUUAUGGACACGAAUACAUCAAACGCGCAAUAUUACUUCUUCUUCUCGGAGGCGCAGAAAAGAAUCUGCCUAACGGUACCCACAUUCGUGGUGAUAUCAAUUUGCUCAUGGUCGGAGACCCAUCCACGGCAAAAUCACAACUGUUGCGGUUCGUUCUCAGCACUGCGCCUCUAGCAAUCGCUACUACAGGACGAGGAAGUUCAGGUGUCGGUCUUACUGCUGCUGUCACGUCAGAUAAGGAGACUGGAGAAAGGCGGUUAGAGGCAGGCGCAAUGGUACUUGCAGAUCGAGGAGUUGUGUGUAUUGAUGAGUUCGACAAAAUGUCGGACGUCGAUCGAGUCGCUAUUCACGAAGUUAUGGAACAACAGACAGUCACCAUUGCAAAAGCCGGUAUCCACACAAGUUUGAAUGCACGGUGUAGUGUAGUCGCUGCAGCCAAUCCUAUCUACGGACAGUACGAUAUUCACAAGGACCCUCACAAGAAUAUUGCUCUUCCCGAUUCUCUCCUCUCUCGUUUUGACUUGCUUUUCAUCGUGACUGACGAUGUCGAGGAAGAACGCGACCGCCGAAUUGCGGACCACGUCCUUCGUAUGCACCGCUAUCUGCCACCUGGGGUGGAAGAAGGCACACCUUCACAAGACAUUCUAUCUCAACCCCUCUCUGUCGAAGGGCCCGGUGUUGCGUCGAAUGAAGAACUAGACACGAGUCCAUUUCAAAAGUACGAUCCACUCCUUCACGUCGGUGUUGGCUCCGGUUCAAGCGGUAGACAGACAAGGAGUCAGACCAGGACUCAGACUUCGAAGAAGCCUGAAGUUUUAACCAUCUCUUUCGUCAAAAAAUACAUACAGUAUGCCAAGAGCAAGCCAGCUCCGGUUUUGACCAAAGGUGCCGCAGACUACAUUGUACAAGUGUACGCUGGUCUCCGAAAUGAAGACAUGGAGUCGAACCAAAGAAAGACAUCGCCUUUAACCGCUCGUACCUUGGAAACUCUUAUUCGUCUCGCUACCGCUCAUGCGAAAUCCCGCCUCUCUGCCAAAGUAGAAGAAAGUGAUGCCAGAGAGGCUGAAAUGAUCAUGCGCUUCGCUCUGUACAAGGAAGUUCCAAAGCGCCAUCGUCGCAAGAAGAGAAAGUUGAACCACGGCGGCGCUGCCCGCAAGGGCUCCGAGAGCGGUGAUGAAGAUGAUGAGGAUAGUGAGGAUGAGGAUGAGGAGAACGAGGGUACACAGAGAAUGAACGCGCCCCCUGCUCCUGCUCCUCGGGAACCCCAGGAUCCCAUAUGGGGCGAUGAGAGUCAAGAUACAGAUAUGGUGGACGAUGCUCCAGCGGAGUCGGAAGAAAUGAGGAAGAGCAACAGGACGAAAUCAUUCCGCUCAAAGAUAUCUCACCUGUGGUCCACAACAUUACAAGACCAGGAGCAGAUUCCCUUGAAAGAUCUUUUACCGAUGGUAAAUGAAGGUCUGACCACGAACGAUUUAUUCGGGACCAAAGAAGCGACGGAUAUUCUACAAAACAUGCAGGAGAACGAUGAGCUUAUGUUGGCUGAGGACAUUGUGUAUAGAAUUUGA